AUGUUGGCACGUUCUUGGUUUAGAUAUGCAUUCUUUAUUCCCCCACCAAUUUUCCUUGUUCAUCGAUAUUUUUCUGAAAUUUUUCAAUUUUGGAUGCAUACAAGUGUUUGUCUUUUUCUAACAAUAUUUUUAAAAAUAAUUCUUUUUCAGUUACUUGGUUCUCUCGGUCCUUUAGGUUAUAUAUUAAAUACACCUUCACAUCAUAGAGUUCAUCAUGGACGUAAUCCUUAUUGUAUUGAUAGAAAUUAUGGAGGCGUUUUAAUUAUUUGGGAUAGAAUAUUUGGGACUUUUGAAGAAGAACGUUUAGAAGAUCCCCCAAUUUAUGGAUUAAUUAAAAACGAAAAUAAUUUUAAUCAAUUAUGGCUACAAUUCCAUACUUUGGGGGAAUUACUUUUUUGUAAAUGGAGGGAAAAAGAUGAGGAAAAUAAAAAUUUAGAAAUAUUUCCAAAAUUUGUUGAUAAAUUAAAGGCUUUAUAUUUUCCUCCUGGUUGGUAUCCAGGCGUUAAGGUUAAAUUAUUUUUCCAUUGGGCAACUUUAUGUAAUUCUUCAUAUAAUGUCCCAGAACCAGAAAAACCUCCAAUUAUUUAUAAUCCAACAAUUUCUCGUUGGCUAAAAGCUUAUAUUUUGGGACAUUUUUUGUUACUUCUUUGCAUAUUUUUACAUUUUGAAUAUGACAGACUGGAAAUUGGAUGGAUUGAUUUUAUAUUGAAAAUUUUAUUUUUUAUCUGUACAAGUAUGUUUUGGAAAUUAUAA